AGCACGGGAGCGAAAUGUUUCACUUUUCUUACGUAUUGUGAAAUGUACUUAGUCCGCUUUUUAAUGCGCCGCGCGUCAGUGAAACUUGAAGCCAUCCCAUAAACUUUGCGCAGAGUUUGCGCUCGAGACUGGGGUGUUGCAGAGUGAGCUGCACGGUCCCGGGGCAGGUCCUGCCGCUGCGUCGCCAAGAGUCCGGAGGCUGAGGUUUGUGUGGACAUUUCUGGGAAAACCUCCAGAGCUCAGUUUUGCCAAGGAGAACCUGCGGAGGAGCACGGCCGCGUUUUUCCUGUGCAGACUCAGCGCGCAUUUCUCGCGUUUUGUCGGAGUUUCUCUUUGCAGAGUCGGAUUAUCGUCUCACAGUUUGUUGGACAUAAACAAUGCGCGAGGAUUUAUUGGACACAUUAAGUCAUUACCGCGAGUGUGUCCUGGAGAUGUGACGUGGUCCAAAACUUUUUGCCGAAGGACUUCAUUCAUUUUCCCUGCGGGCUGAGGAAUUAUUAAGUUUUUGGAUAUAAUUUUUUUAUAUAACAGAAGAUCUACACUGCUGAACUCCUGAGGAUUGUACUCGUGAACGGAAGUGUUGCUGAGAUGAAGUUCUGGAUUUAACUUUACGCACAACAAACUCUGCUCUCACUCGCCUUGUGUGCCAACUGCAGCUCAGACAGUGAAGAGGAUUUCCUGAGCAGAAGGCAUGCUCUGAAACACAUCAGCGGCAGACUGUUAUGAGCCCAUGUUGCACUCCGUCAGCCUGGAAUUAAUUGAUUAACAGCAUCAAAUGCACUAAAGACGCGCGCGGAUCGCGGCUCCACCACUGGAUCUUUAUCUCGCCCUCAGCGCUGCUUUAUCUGACAUCUGGCCAGAAUGCGGAGGGCUUUUGUUCUCACUUUAGCGCUGAUAUAUCUGCUGACCUGGACAGGCGAAGCAGACAGACACACUCACCUCAAGCGGGUGCGACUGCACAGACGCGCGAGACUGGGACGAGCCCAGCUGGGCGCAACGGACAAGGAGCGCCUCGUCGGACGAGUGCGCCCCGGGUUCGGUUCGGCGAUCUCGGUGCACGGGACCAGGAAGGAGGAAGAUGUGCAGGCUGACGAGGGUGCUCCGCUGUCAGCCCGGACGAGGAGUGCGCAGGUGGCGAGGAGAGGGGUGGCCGGGCAGAUCGGCCUGCCCCGGCAGCAGGGCUUGCUGCAGGAUGAGGGCACACCAGGCGCGAGAGCCAGGGUCACCCGGAUGCCCAACAGCGCCGGGUCACCAAAUCUGCUGGCCAGUUUCGCGGGAAAGAACCGCGUCCUGGUAAUCUCUGCGCCUCACGAUUCAGACGGCUACUACCGACUCAUGAUGUCUCUGCUGAAACCAGAUGUGUACUGCGAGCUCGCCGAGAGACAUGUCCACCAGAUCGUCAUGUUUCACCAGGAGGGAGAGAUGGGGGGCAAAGUGAGGAGGAUCACCGCGGAGGGGAAGGUGAUGGAGGAGCCGCUGGACACGGCGCUCAUCCCCAGACUCAUGAGCUUCCUCAAGCUGGAGAAAGGUAAGUUUGGGAUGGUGCUGCUGAAGAAGACCCUGCAGGUGGAGGAGAGGUACCCGUACCCGGUGAGGAUGGAGGCCAUGUACGAGGUGAUCGACCAGUCGCCCAUGAGGAAGCUGGAGAAGCUCAGACAGAAAGGCUUCGUCCAGAAGUGCAAAGCAGCAGGUGUGGAGGGCCAGGUGGAGGAGGGCACGCUCACAGUCGAUGCACCGGUAGAAAGAAAACCUGGGAAGAAGAUCCUAAGAAAGCCCACAACCACAACUACAGUCGCCACCACCACCACCACAACAACCACAAGACCAACAACCACAACCACCACAACCACGACCACAACCCGACCCACCACCACAACCAAAGCAACGACAACCACAACCACAACCAAAGCCACGACUACCACCACCAGAAGAACCACCACAAAACGACCCACCACCACCACCACCACCCAGAGGCCGACCCGAGCCCACACCACCGCGCUGUGGCUGCCCGCCCCCAGAACCACCGCUGACCCGUACUACUACAACCGCAGAGAGAGGGAGCGGUACCCGGCCAAAACCACCCCCGCCGGAGAUAACCGCACCGACAAGGACAACAGAGAUCCUCACAGCCGCAAGUUGGUUCCCGCCACACAUAAACCCUCCAAGAUCAAACCCACCAAGAGGAAGAACGGAGCAGAGAAGGUGUUGACCAAUGAGUACGAGGACAGGUACGAACCCAGCAAGCCAACGGUCAGCGAUCCCGAGGAGACCGAAACCUUCACCGACAUCAGCCCCACCAAGAAGGUCAAAGGCAAGCACGAUAAGCACGACAAGAAGAAGAAGAAGAGCGACAAGGCUGCCAAGAAGGCGGAGCGGAGAGGAGGGAAGGCGGGGAAGAUAGGAGGGAAGAAAAAUGGAAAGAAGCUGUCAAAGUACCCUGAGAAAGAGGACUACCCGAAACCCACGAAGAAGCCAACGCCCCCUCCGAAGGGAUCUCUGGCCUCCUUCCUGGACUACUUUGAGAACAGGAGGCGGCUGCUGCUGAUUACGUCCCCCAGCGAGGAGCACAGUAUGUAUGCUCAGCAGAGAGACGAGUACCUGGAGUCUGUGUGUGAAAUGGCCAUCAGGAAGGUCUCCAUCAUCACCAUCUUUGGCUCUCUGACCAACUCCACCAUGAAGAUUGACCACUACCAGCUGGACAUCCUGGAACCUGAGGAAUCCUGGCCUCCGUCCCACGAGACGAGCCUUCGACCCCCAGCUGAGACGGAAUCAGUCGACAGCCACUUCCCUCCCAGUGUUUCCACUGACGUCACCAUCCACACAGGACUCGGACAGACAGAGGAGGCGUCAAGUUAA